UGCGCACAUCCUAUCUCGGUUCUUCCCCAAGAAUGGUGGGCGAAACGCGCCUCGCUGUUGUAGGUUAGAUCGAGUGACUUCGAAAGCUACUCACAAGUUCUCAAGGUUGACCAACAUUUCAUGGAAGAUACUGGCCUACAACUGUCAGACGACACCAUUACUGGAAUGCUGGACACUGAGUCCCCUGCCAUGGAGAGCAAUGGGGAUGCCUUUCUUCCUGACCUUCCUGUUCUAGGCCAAGCUGGUGACUGGUCCACGGACCAGAUUGCUCCAGGUCCACUCACCAACAUUUUGCCUGAGGACUCAGAUGCAUCCCAGGAUGCUCUGGUCCAGCAGCAGCACCAGCAGAUGAAUUCCACAGAGCUGGGAUCUGUGGAGAAGGCUGUGGAGCAGUUUCAGCUUGCCAGUGCUCAGCUCUUUCAAGAGGAGCAGCCACCACCUCCACCACAGCCCACAGAAGAGGCAGAACAGCCACCAGAACACAAAACAGAGCCUGGGGAGUCUCCACAAGACGGCCAGGGAAUGAAUGUAGAGUCAGAGGCUGCUGCACAGCAUGAGGGUCAAGAGGAGACUACGGCACCGCAGGUGACAGAGGAUGGCAUGGAGCUGGAAGAACCGUCCAAAGAGACAACAGAAGAAUCCACUGUUCCUGCAGAACCACAGCUGCCCAGUGAGUUUGAAAAACUCUUUAAAGGGUGCGAGGAGAACCCAGAUGACUUCAAUGGUUGGGUCUACCUGCUGCAGUAUGUGGAGCAAGAGAAUGUCCUUACAGCUGUGAGACAGUCAUUUGAUGUUUUCUUCCUACGUUAUCCUUACUGCUAUGGCUACUGGAAGAAGUAUGCUGAUAUUGAGAAAAAGCACGACAAUAUACAGGUUGCAGAAGAGGUGUACAGAAGAGGCUUGCAGGCUAUCCCUCUCAGUGUGGACUUGUGGCUGCAUUACCUGACCUACAUUAAAGAGAACUCAGAUCCGAGUGACCCAGAGACUGAGGGACGCAUCCGAGCUGCGUACAACCAUGCAGUGCUUGCGGCUGGCACAGACUUUCGCUCUGACCGUUUGUGGGAGUCCUUCAUCAACUGGGAGACAGAACAGCAGAAGCUGGCUAACGUCACCGCCAUCUAUGACCGCAUCUUGGGCAUCCCAACCCAGCUGUAUUCCCAGCACUUCCAGAGGUUCAAAGAUCAUGUGCAGAACAACAACCCCAAACACUUCUUGUCAGAGGAGGAGUUUGUUCAGCUGAGGCUCGAGCUCUCGAAAGCCAGCCUCCUGGCAAUGGUUUGCGAAGAUGAAGAGAAGCCUGUUGCGCAGGAGGAGCUACCACCUGGGACAGAGGAUCUUUCGGAUCCCGCUAAGAGGGUGACAGAGAUCGAAAAUAUGCGGCACAAGGUGAUCGAGGUUCGACAGGAAGUGUUCAACCAUAACGAACAUGAAGUCAGUAAGCGUUGGGCCUUCGAAGAAGGGAUUAAGAGACCAUACUUCCAUGUCAAAGCCUUAGAGAAGACCCAGCUGAACAACUGGAAGGAGUACCUGGACUUUGAAAUUGAAAAUGGGACCCCGGAGCGUGUGGUCGUUCUUUUUGAGCGAUGCCUCAUCGCUUGCGCUCUCUACGAAGAGUUCUGGACCAAGUAUGCAAAAUAUCUAGAGGGCUACAGCACUGACGGUGUCAGACAUGUCUACAAGAAGGCUUGUACCAUCCAUCUGCCCAAGAAACCAGCCAUCCACCUGCUGUGGGCAGCCUUUGAGGAACAACAAGGCAACGUCGAAGAGGCUCGUGGCAUCCUGAAGUCCCUAGAGGCGGCAGUCUUGGGUCUGGCCAUGGUGCGCCUUCGGAGGGUCAGUCUUGAGCGUCGGCAUGGUAACAUGGAGGAAGCAGAGGCCCUGUUAAGGGAGGCCAUGGAGUCUGCGAAGAAUGAUACUGAGGCGUCAUUCUAUGCUGUGAAGCUGGCCAGGCAGCAGAUGAAGGUGCAGAGAAGUCUGAGCAAGGCCAGGAAGGUGCUGCUGGAUGCUCUCGAAAAGGAUCAGAUGAAUCCGAAACUCUAUCUAAACUUGCUUGAGCUGGAAUACAGUGGAGACGUGAUGCAGAAUGAGGCUGAGAUCUUGGCUUGUUUCGACCGAGCCCUCCAGAGCCCGAUGCCCCUUGAAUCCCGCCUCCUCUUCUGCCAGCGCAAAGUCGAGUUCCUCGAGGACUUUGGCAGUGACAUCAAUGUGCUUGUGGCUGCAUAUGAGGAACAUCAGAAACUACAGAAAGAAAGCGAACCCACAAAGAGGAAGGCAGAGAACGGGUAUGACAGCUCUCAAGAACCCGACGCCAAGAGACAACGUGUGGAUGACAGUUCCUCCGGUGCAGCAAACGCACUGACAGACGCGCAGGCCAACAACUCUGCAUACAACUACAACUGGUACCAGCAACAAUACAGCGGAUGGGGACAAAACUCCUGGGGGCAGUACAAUCAAUAUGCCCAGUAUAACCAGUACUACCCUCCUCCUCCAACAUGAUGUACAAAAUCCUGACAUGAAGAUGGAGACUCAGAGGAAAGCAUCCUUUCUGACCUGCCUCGAUCCCUGAAUAGGGCUAUUCAACAGGGUGUCAUGGAGAUUUCAAUUCAACCACAAAUGCUGAUUUGUUCCUUGUUUCUGGUUUUAAGUGUGCUAAUCACCUAGAUUACACUUUGUAGGCAUUUUUUGGAAUAUACUACACUUGGCCCUCCAUGGCAGUCAUGUUGAUUAGUCAUGUUCUUUAAAAACAAAAAAAGCAUUAAUUGCUACAUUCAUCUCCAACACUGGCUAAUUCUUUUAGGAGGGUUCUUUAAUGCAUGUUAUUUGUGAAGGCAGAUUUUUUUCCGUGUGAUAAAGGCUUAUUAAUUUUUAGAUCGGAUGACUUAGUUUGGUCUCUUUCUUUGUGUUGAAGAUUUAAUCUUAUAAAGGAGGCAUUCAUUGAUGUACCUCAAAGUUGUGUUUCUUCUUCCCAAACUGAAAGAUUUUUAAUAUUUCAUGCUUAUGUUUCCAUAAUGAAAAUGAAGAGUUCCUCCUUUUUUAUUUUGACUUGAUUUCAUAAUAAAGAGAUUGAUAUCC